GCAAACAUACAAAUAAGGAUGUCUCAAAAAUGAAAGAGAAAAAGAGUAUUUGAGUGUUCUCUUCAUGUUCUUACGAAUAGAUGAAAAAGAAUAUCAUCGGUUUAAGGAUGUCGAACAAGAACAAUCUCAUCAAAGAAGAAGAAAAAGAGAUCAAAAAAGAUAGUUUUUCAGAAUCCCAGUUGGAAAAUAUUGAAGAAGGUGAAGGGAAUGAAGAAAAAAAACCAGAGGAUGAAAAAGUAGCCAAAAUUCUAUGUUUAGGAGAGUCCGAGGUAGCCGAAGACGAUGAUGGGUUCAAAACUCCGACAUCUUCAGACAACAAAAUCCCAGUGAUGACACAGUGCCCACCAGCUCCCAAGAAAAUCCGGCCAGAACCAUCAAUGAAGAGAAAAGCGUCAUCGCCGCCUAGAAGCCUCCAGUUUGAUGUACCGGCAGCCGAGGUCGAUUCGAUAUUUUCUCCAAUAUCUAAAGACCAGAAAUUCAAGAAACCUAGAAGAGAUCAUAACGAAGAUUGAAGAUUAUUUUUUUAUCUACCUCUGUGGUAAGGAAUUUUUAGAAAAAGAAGAUAGUGUCAAUUUCUCUUGUAAUCGUCUAAUGAAUUUCUUGAAUCUACAGUACAAUAUACAUAGCUACAAAUUGUAAUGAUUGGGCUCUGAGAAACACAAAUUUGGUUUAACUGCAUGUACUGGCAAAUCCUGGUAUCCAGGUGAGCAUGAGAAGAAAAAUAAUUUUCCGACGGAGUUAGCACGGGCGACUGCAGGGGCUCGCUGAGAUCUGGCUCCGCCCUUGAGUGCAUGUGUGUGCAUUUUUAGGCAGGAGAAUGAAAUUUCAGAAUUUCAAAUUCAUUACCUUUUUCCCUUUUUUUUUUUUUAAUUGAAAUGCAGUUCAACAAAAAUACGAUGAAGUUUCCCUCCUUGUGAAGGGAAGAUUCGUAAUUUCCUCUUUGUAGUUUAAUGCUAGUAUUCGUGGAUCUCUCAAAAUGUUUGAAAUGAACACGAGCCAAAUAUAGCUUAUGAAUGUGUUGUUGAGUACUGUA